AUGGCUUAUCGUGCGCCUCUUGCUGCUGCACCACAGGUCAGCUACCCGCUGGAAAGGGUAUCUGCAGACCUCAUGGAACUUGAAGUGACCUCGCAAGCUAAUAGGAUGAUUAAACGCACCAAUGGAGUGGUGAAAAACGCCUUGGCAACACUUCUGGAGGCUUCUCCCUUAGAAUGGGAUGAACUUUUGCCAUAUAUUCGUUUGACCAUGAACAGUGCAGUACACCGCUCAGUGGGUGAUCAGCCUCUUUAUUUGCUGACUGGACAUAUUGUCACCUAUCCUGUUGGCAAUAGCAAUUACGAGGAGACUGAUCAUGAAGCAGCACAAUCUUUUGCUGCUAGGUUAAGGAGAGCUAGAGAGAUUGCCGUUGAGACGUCAGUGCAGGCCAGGGAAGGUUGGGCCUGGGAUUAUAAUCGGCGAACCAGAAAGUCCACCUUUGCUGCUGAGGUCGGUGAUCUAGUCCUCUUUAAAGACCUUCCUCGAAUGGUAGGAGUAGAACGGCGUGGAGCCCUUGGACCUCGUUGGUUUGGUCUGGCUCGUAUUCUUAAGAAAACCGGUCCUGUAACACGGUUGAUCAGAGUACUGUCUUCUCCUUACAAGGAGAAGAUUUACCACCUCAAUCAGCAGAGGCCUUACAGGACGAAUGAUGAACUCCACCUAUCAGAUGAUGCCGAGAUAGAUGAGGAUGGGGACGUGGACGAUCCUCCUCCUUUAGAUGGACUACCGGAUGAUGAUCCUGCAGUUGCUCUCUUGGCCUCCUUUUGCCGACCUCCUGACGAUGGUUAG